AGGAAAUAACAUUUCCUGCUCAAAAAGUGUCAGUUUCCGGCUGUGUCUGACAACGGCUAUAGCCUACACAGCAGAGUAAUUCAAGAUUCACAGGAGUUGCAAGUUACAUUGUAAAAUGGCUACUUCCUUGAAACCCUCAAUGCAAAGCGUGCUUGAGGUAGGAAAUGGAGGCUCUGCAGAGGAAGCACAAAAAAUACUGCCAUGCCUUGAUGCUAACAAGAGCUCAGAUGGAAUAAGGGAAGAACAGACAGAGCCAUCUGUUCCUGACUGUCAGUCCAUGAAGAGUGAUAAAUCCAUGCAUCUUCCACCACAUUUCAACGGUGUCUGCCCCACCUCUGAAAGGAGCCUGGAGCCAAACUCCUCAGUGGGUAGUUCAGAUGACGGUGAGAUGGAUUCACAAGGAUCUGGUGUUACACAUCAAAGACGGAAGUGUGCCAUAUGUGUGGGGCGCAUUCACAAAGCUGUGAAGUUCUGCAAGGUUUGUAAGGCUGCGUACUGUGAGGACCAUGUUAGAGACCACUACAAGGCCCCAGGACUAAAGAAACACACGUUAGUGGAUGACACUGAUGAGCACGGCCAUGUUGAAAUAGAAAGGACUUUGACUCAGGUUGGCUUACGGAAAAAAACCUUAGGCCUUCUCUGGAUCCUCAUACCCUCACUUCUGGGUCUGGGAGGACUUUGGUAUCAUAUGAGUCCCACAGUGGAGGGUAAGGUGAGACUUGACAUGAGGAUUGUUCUGCUGGGUAAGACUGGAUCAGGGAAGAGUUCAACAGGAAACACCAUCCUGGGGAGAGAGGCGUUUCGAGCAGAGGCUUCUCCAAUGGCUGUGACCACAAAGUGUGAGAAACACAAUGUUGUUAUCGGCCAGAAUAGAAUAACAGUGAUUGACACCCCAGGUAUCUUGGGCACGUUGUUGCAACCUAAGGAAGUUAUGGUUAAAACUGCUGAAUGCAUUAACACCACACCUCAUGCCUUCCUAUUGGUGACCAGGCUGGGGGAAUUCACAGAUGAGGACAGAAAGUCAGUUCAAUGGAUCCAGGAACAUUUUGGAGAGGAGGCUUUAAAGUACACGAUCGUUCUGUUCACUGGGGUAGACCAGCUAGAGGGGAAACCAGUAGAGAUGUUUAUAAAGGGCAGCAGCCAUCUACUACAAGUCAUUAACAGUUGUGGGGACAGAUACCAUGUCUUUAACAACAAGGACAAGAAUGACAACACUCAGGUCUCAGAGCUGCUAGAGAAGAUAGAAGAAUUACUGAAUGAGUAUAGGGGUUAUCAUCAUGAGGCAGACUUGCUGACACAGGAAAGGGUUAGGGAAGAGGAGAUGAGGAAGAGGGAGAGGGCUCAGAUAAUACAAGAGGAGGGGAAAAAGAGGGAUACAGCAGAAAGAGAGAUCAGAGAGGAGGAGGAGAAAAAGAGAAAGGAGUUAAAUGAUCUGGCAUUGAAGGAUGUUGAAAAAUCGGCGGAGAAAAUCUCAGAUUCAGACAUUAAGUUUAAACUGACAAUCAUUGUUGCAACAAUCAUCACUCUUAUCAUAUUUUGCUUCUGUAAGUCUAAUGUAGAUAUAAAUAAGGAAAAAUAUAGGAUAUCAAUACAGAAGGAACAAAAACUGGAGGAGGAAAUUAGACGUAAUAAAGAGGAAUAUGAAAAGGAAAUCAGAUUGUUGAAAGAAGAGCUAAAUAGAACGGAAAAGAAAGAAGAAGAAGAAAGAAAAAGAGAGAAUGUAUUCAAGGUAAUAUAAAGAUUUUCUUAAAUAGUUAAUUUAGAGGAAACAAUGAUCAGACCAACAAAAACAAUAUGGCAAUAAAGAGCAAAACAGAGAAAAAAACUAACGAAACGGAACAUAAAAUAAAAGGCAGUACACAAAUAAAAUACAAAAAUGUACAAUAAAAAAUUGUUAAGAUAAUAGCAGUCACUAGAGGGCUGUGCCCUUUCUCUGACAGUAGUCAUAACAAUAGUCACAGCAGUCACAAUUGUCAAAUGUACACAUUUGUCAAGAAUUGCAUCUGACAUGUAGGUUGUGUCCCGAUUCAUGGGCUUAAUGGUCUAUACUCUCUGCAGAGACAGUAGAUACAGAGCGCAGUGUUGUCGUUUUUCGGCACAAAGGGGCCAGGACCUUGUAAUACACUCGGGCAUUUGAAAAACUUUUACUUCCUGAAAAGUGAGACACGGUGUAUCAUUCAUUGCGGAGCCGUAGGGGCAGUGUUGUGUCUUGGUUCCUUGAUCUGAUCUACAGUAUAGGCUAUGCAUCAAAGUAGCAUAAUCUGCAUUGAUCACCAAAUAUAAUCUCUGCGACUGUUCACACAAUAAACCAAACAUUGUAGCCUUGUUAGAAUCCCCCCCAAAAUGUAUUUAGUUGAGAAGUAAGGGACAGAUGGCAUUUUACUGGGAGAGGGGUGGUCCAAAAUAGGGGAGGGUUGUCAAACUUUUUUUUUUUUUUGCUCUGGGGUUUUAUUGGGCACAGGGGAGGGUAAUGCAUUCCCCCCUGGUUUAAAUUCACUAUCUGUAGGUUUUACUAGAACAUUUCUUCCAUCCUAGAAACAUUUCCUCAGCUGCUUGCAUAGGUCUCACCUAUAUUAAGGUAUUUUGGUACUUUCCUGCACUAUGCUUUUCCAUGUGCUAACUUUAAUUAUAAACUGGGUGGUUCGAGACCUGAAUGCUUAUUGCCUGACAGCCGUGGUAUAUCAGACUCUAUAACACAGGUAUGAUGAAACAUUUCUAUUUACUGCUUUAAAUACGUUGGUAACCAGUUUAUAAUAGCAAUAAGGCACCUCUGGGGUUUGUGGUAUAGGCCAAUAUACUACGGCUAAGGGCUGUCUCCAUUGCAUAAGAACAGCCCUUAGCCAUGGUAUAUUGGCCAUAUACCAUACCACACCCCCUUGGGCCUUAUUGCUUAACUAUACCACAGGUCAAUAUAGUUUACCAGUCUAACGGUAUAUCCUGCAAUCUAUUUUUUUUUAUUUUAUUUAUUUUAUUUCACCUUUAUUUAACCAGGUAGGCAAAUUGAGAACACGUUCUCAUUUACAAUUGCGACCUGGCC